AUGGACAGUGUGCUGAGGAACCAGACGACAGAGGUGGAGUCAUCACCAAUAAUGCGUGCAAUGCCCCAGGAGCAAUUGGCCGUGAUCGUCGUUGGCGCAAUCUUUACACUGAUCGGGCUGUUUGCAAACCUCUGCCGCACAAUCACACUCCUUCAACGGCGGCGAGGGCCAUGGUGGGACGACUUUGCGGCUUUUGCUGCCUUCACAUUCUUUAUCGGCUUUGCGGCCGCAGCGUUCGUUGCCGUUCGGUGGGGAGUUGGUCUCCCGACAUCGGAUAUUCCUACCGGUUGGGCAUCGAGGGCGAUUCAAGCUGGCUACGCCAUGGAAAUGCUAUACUUCUUCAGCAUUUUCUGCGUCAAGAUGUCGGUCUUAUUGCUGUAUCUUCGGCUUGCGAGAAAGCUUCGAGAUAUCAUCUAUCAGCUUUGCAUUGGACUUUCAAUACUUCUCGCGAUAUUUUUCUUCACAACUAUUAUUGUGGCAGCAGCGCAGUGCGUGCCGACGCACAAGUACUGGAGUCCUGAUGCCGAAGGACAUUGCAUUGAUGUCACGGCAUUCUUCUAUGCGACCAACAUCUUCACAAUCGUUACUGAUCUUGCUAUGCUCGCUCUGUCCAUACCUCUCAUACUGAAGGCGAAGCGGCAGCGAUCGCAGAACGUGGGCAUCAUUGUUGCUAUCUUGACCGGCGCACUUUCUGUCACUGCCAGUUGUGCUCGACUGCACUCUAUUGUAAUAUACGAUUUCUCGAGGGAACCGCUCAGGGACGCCGCACCGAUCUAUAUCUGGUCAUUCAUCGAGAUCAGUGCUGGAAUGUGCUGUGCAUCCAUGGCUGUGAUCGUACCGCUCUUCACGGCGUACAGCGUCAGGAUCUCCGCCAUCAUCUCCCCUAUUGGACCUUCAAACCAGAUGGUCAGCUUUGCUAACUACGCCGAAGCAUGGCCGUAUGGACGUAAUGGACCCAUGGGAAAAUAUGUACCCGCAGCAAUACAGGGCCAGUCACGACGGACAACACAGGAUUUAACAGACCUGAGCCCUCCGCACACCAUCAAUGGCAGGCCGAUUCGAAUCAGCAAACCGCUUCCGGAGCUUCCCAAGGCAUGCUUUCAUGAAGAGGGUCUGACUGCACUGCCGCAGAGUCCAGCCAAGGCGUACCAUCGCGAUGGGACCCUCACAGCGCUGCCGCAGAGGUCGAACCAGCCUAUGCUUCACGCAAUCGCAAUGCACAACGCUGGCAAGAUGGACCCGGCGGCGCCAGUGUAUGGGUCCAGAGUGCGGGAGCGGGAGGUUCAAGAGUGGGAGAAUACAGGAUUGUUUUAUUGA